ACAGCCUGCAGGGACAUCCGGAGCCGGUGGAGGCGGCGGCGGUGGGGGAGGAGGAGGCGGUGGGGGUAGCGGCACAGCUCCUGCACGUAACGCAGUCAGCUCCGGCAAUAUGUAUUCCGCCCGCCAAUCAGUAAGCACCUCAACCGGGGUCCUUAUGGUCGGACCAAAUUUUCGUGUCGGUAAAAAAAUUGGCUGUGGUAAUUUUGGAGAAUUGCGGUUAGGUCGUCGAAUGUGUUUCUUUCCAUCAACACCCUAUGCCGAAAAGAGUAUUAAUCCAGCAGGCAAAAAUCUGUACAACAAUGAACAUGUAGCAAUAAAAAUGGAGCCAAUGAAGUCAAAGGCUCCACAACUACACUUAGAGUAUAGGUUUUAUAAACUAUUAGGAUCACAUGAUAAUUGUCCAGAGGGUAUUCCACGUGUCUAUCACUUGGGCACUUGUAGUGGCCGUUACAAUGCCAUGGUAUUAGAAUUAUUGGGACUGUCUUUAGAAGAUCUCUUCAAUAUAUGCAACCGUCAAUUUUCACUCAAGACUGUACUGAUGAUAGCUAAGCAACUUCUCCACCGGAUCGAAUAUGUUCAUAGUCGGCACCUAAUUUAUAGAGAUGUUAAGCCAGAAAAUUUUCUUAUUGGCAGAACAUCGACGAGACGAGAAAAAAUUAUCCACAUAAUUGAUUUCGGUUUGGCCAAAGAAUAUAUUGAUUUAGAUACAAAUAGACACAUACCAUAUCGGGAACAUAAAUCCCUGACGGGUACUGCUAGAUAUAUGUCUAUAAACACACACAUGGGCAGAGAGCAAUCGAGACGUGAUGAUUUAGAGGCAUUAGGUCAUAUGUUCAUGUAUUUCUUAAGAGGUUCACUGCCAUGGCAAGGUCUUAAGGCCGAUACACUUAAGGAAAGAUAUCAAAAAAUUGGCGAUACCAAACGAGCAACACCCAUUGAGGUACUUUGCGAUGGCCAUCCCGAAGAAUUUGCCACAUAUUUACGCUAUGUGAGGCGGCUAGAUUUUUUUGAGACCCCCGAUUAUGAUUUUCUGCGAAGACUGUUCCAAGACUUAUUCGAUCGUAAAGGCUAUGUGGAUGAUGGUGAAUUUGACUGGACAGGGAAGACAAUGUCAACGCCAGUUGGUUCAUUACAAACGGGUCAUGAAGUUAUCAUUUCACCAAAUAAAGAUCGUCAUAAUAUAACGGGCAAGACAAAUGCCAAAGGAGGUGUUGCCGCGUGGCCAGAUGUACCCAAACCAGGUGCUACACUGGGCAAUCUUACGCCUGCCGAUAGGCAUGGUUCUGUACAGGUUGUGAGUUCGACAAAUGGCGAAUUAAAUGCGGACGAUCCCACUGCUGGUCACUCAAAUACUCCCAUAACGCAACAGCCUGAAGUUGAAUUAGUCGAUGAAACAAAAUGUUGUUGUUUCUUUAAACGAAAGAAGAAGAAAUCAUCGCGUCAAAAAUGACUAGAUGGUGUUCAAUGUAGUCCAGAACGCGAAGCAGUUACAUUGCUACGCGCCACUUCACAUUCAAAUUCAAGGGAUAGCGUUCUAAAUAAUCCAAGUCAGGAUUAUAUACAACAGGCAACGUCACAACAUACGUUGCGUUAUCCUCCAUCCGCGUCAAUGCUGACGCCUACACCAACUACUAAUACACCGACACUUCCGUUGUAAUUUAAAAACAUUUAAAGUUAAACAAACAAAACAAAAAAAAAAAAACAUUAAAAAAUCCAUAAAAAAAUAAAAAUUAUAUUAUACAUACAUUAUUAAUUUAGCAUUAUUAUUAUGAUUUAUUAUAAAAACAAAAGAUAAAACAAGAAGAAGAGAAGAGGAAGAAACCAAC